GCGUGCUUGUCAAAUGGCCCCUGGGGUGAAUAACCGCGAGGAACAAUUUCCUAUUUAAAGUAGGGGUUAAAAAUAGACGCGUUUUGCAUAGUGCUCGUAAGACCAGUGGACCCCAGUGUCUUACAAACUACCGGAUACCGUUGCCAUAUCACUGUCAGUCAAUUUAGAGGCUUAAUACCUAUAAGUGUUAUUCGUGUUGUUACACUAAAAUUAGAGGUAGCUACCUAGCUAGGUACUUUGAUGAGCUGAGGCUUCUUUUAGGUCUUCCGUAAAGCUGACAAUAAACUGAACCUGAAAUAUUAAAUUGGUGAUAGCUGGUCUAAUAACUUACGAUUUCAACAUGAGGUCUGUAACCUGCACUGCACCUGUCAAUAUUGCUGUUAUCAAAUAUUGGGGAAAACGCGACGAGAAACUCAUCUUACCUUUGAAUGACUCCAUUAGCUUCACACUCAGCCAAGAUCAGAUGUGUGCCACCACAACAGUAUCCAUAUCACCAACAUAUACUGAGGACAAAUUUUGGUUAAAUGGGAAGGAAGAGUCUUUGGAAAAUCCAAGAGUACAAAACUGUCUGAAAGAAGUGAGACGUAGAGCUUCUAAGCGGAAAUUUGAAGGAUCUGAUGAAGAUUUUCUGAGCUGGCAUGUCCAUAUCUGUUCCGUCAAUAACUUCCCCACAGCUGCUGGUCUGGCAUCAUCAGCUGCUGGUUAUGCUUGUUUGGUCUUUGCUCUGGGACAAGUCUAUGGAGUUGAAGGGGAUCUGUCUUCUGUGGCCCGUCAAGGCUCAGGAAGUGCCUGUCGCAGCAUAUAUGGAGGCCUUGUUCGUUGGCACAAAGGAGACUCAGAAGAUGGCACUGAUUCAGUGGCUCGUCCUAUUGCACCUGCAGACCAUUUUCCAGAUCUGAGGGUUGUCAUAUGUGUUGCAAAUGCUGGCCGUAAGAAAGUAGGCAGCACAGAGGGCAUGAAGAGAACUGUCCAGACCUCACGUUUGAUGCAGCAUCGGAUAAAGGAAUCUGUAUUAUUACGCUUAGAUGCCAUAAUGGAGGCAAUCAAGGAGAAAGAUUGGUCCAGUUUUUGUGAUCUGACAAUGGCUGAUAGCAACGAGAUGCAUGCAGUUUGUCAAGACACAUUCCCUCCUUGUGUUUACAUGAAUGAUACUUCUCAUUUAGUCGCAAGUCUUGUUCAUCAGUACAAUGAUGUGAAGGAGUCACAGAGUAAUCUCAGUCAGAAAGUAUGCUAUACUUUUGACGCAGGUCCCAAUGCUUGUUUAUUUGUACCUGGCAUUGUUAUUGAUGAAUUCAUGACCCUCCUGCUUCAUGCAUUUCCACCAAGCUCAUCUCAAAAUAUGAGUGAUUACGUCAGGGGCCACCAGACUGAGACCAUGCCCUUGUCACAAGGGCUGCUGUCUUUGUUGGAUGAAGAUUGCCAAGGUGGACAGUUGAAGUUUAUCAUACACACAAAGGUAGGUAGAGGUCCAUGCGUACUAGACGAUUCUGCUGCUUUGCUCGACUGUGAGACAGGAAUGCCAAAGAUAAUAAAUGAUUCUGCCUAGGGAUGGGCGACCGGGAGUAAGAUGUGGACCCGGUGCAAAAAGUUACUCUCAGAUUACAUGCAGAAAUUUUUAGUUGUCUCCUCUCGAUUGAGGGAGCUAAAUACCUGAAUAGUGUAUCUGUGAUAUGUGUACACAAAUUUUCCCAAAAUGUUACUAUGCAAUCUUAGGGAUAAUGGUGUGUUGUGUGUCUGAAUUGAAAUCUCACUAGCUGUUGUUAAACUGUCGCAUUUUCAAGCAAGCUUGUAUGUUUAAACCACAAAGUGAACUGUUAAGAUUGGAGUAGGUUAGUUGUGAAUUGUUACCAAAAGACCAUACUUAUCCUUGUCCAGCUAACUAUCACUGAUGUUAAAAUUGUUUUGGAUAUUAAAUUGUAUUUGUACUCAGCAGACCUAGACACAAACUUUGUGGCAAGCUGAGGUUAGGUGCUGUAUUUGAUAAAAGUAUUUUGCUAUUGUUGUUGAUAUCAGAGUAGAUUCAAAGCCAAGAACUCAGGUAACCAGUCUUUCAAGUCUUGGAAGUUUCCUGGAGAUUAAACAGUACAGUAGUUUGACUUUCCAUCUUGAAGUGAUCAGCCCUCUCUUUGAGAUUUUUAGUAGCUGGUUGUUGUUUUGUUACAGACUAGGUUCCCAGGGUCAAGGGGGUAUGUACCCCUUGAAACUGUCUUUUUUCAUGUGAUCGGUAUUUCUUGGUAAUCAAAUGGAAGCCUUAAUCUACUCCCAGUUUCGUAUCAUAAGGAUUUUAAAGGGUUUUCCGUCUGUUUUUCUUAUUGUUUCAUCAAUUUUCAUCAAUUUUCACUGAAAGUUAUGUGGUGGUCAUCUACUUGUAAAGCAAAUAGCUCUCUAUAGACAUCGAGAGUGAUAACAGAAGUUUUCAGUUAAAAUCAGAAUUUAUGGAAGAUGAUUGGAAAGUCAUCAAAAGCAACUGUAGCGCAGAUUUGCCUAAAAUAUAAAGAUGAAUUUUUUAGGCAAUUUUUGGUGCUGUUAUUGAUAUUCGGGAAAUAUAACUUCAGGUAUCUAAUGUUGUUACUGAAUUUUACAGAUGUUGGGUGGAGUUUAACAUUUUAUAAAGUUUACUAGUGUUUAUUUUUUAGGAAGCUAGUCCUCUCCUUGAACAUUUAAAAGCUUAAUGGUUUUUCAAGACACUUCUAGGGGAAGUUGUGUCCUCAAUAUAUAUCAAUUAUAAUUUUCUCUUUCUUCACAAAAACAGUUGCAUGUUCCCUCAAAAGAAAGCUAUUCUUUAUCAUUAUAGUACCAAUAAUGAUGUGCAUUUUCUUAACAGUUUUUUGUUGAUUCUGUGACUGGUAUGAACAAGUCUUGCAUACACUUACAAAGGAUUCCACAAAUGUUGUUAAUGUACCUGUAUUUUAGGCUAUCUUUCAUGAGAUACAUUUUAUUUAUGAAGCCAAUCUUAUUACAAAGUAGCUUAAUCAGAUGUCUAGAUCUCAUGAAAAGAGAAAAAGUUUGAAUGUUCGUGAUACUGUUUCAACUGACAUACAUACUCCUAAAUAAAAUGAAAAGGAAGGAGGUUAGCGAAAUAUAAUUUUGAAGAGGCAUCUAAUAUAUUUGAUUUUCAUAUAUUUUGAUGGCAACUUACCUAUUCACAAAUUUGUUUCAUAGUUUUCACAAAGUCUUUUGCAUGUUUAAGUGUCUUCACAGAGUUGUUGUUUUGUGUUGUAUUAUUCAUCGGCAAAAGCAUAUUUAUUUGUGAUUAAGUAUUUAGAAGAAUGACUCAGAGAUAAAUCAUGUUUUAGAGCUUUAAAAAAACCAGUAUUCUGCAUGCAGUAUUAUGUAUUUAUAAUUGAUGAUAUUUUGGUUCGAAUUUAACACUAAUGAUCUAAUUGCAUGACAUAUAUAACUGUUGAUUGAAUUUCAUUGUCUUUGAGCCAUGAAAUCCAAAGUUUUCAUUUCAUACUAUUUUCCAUUUAUUUUUAAUAUCAGAGGUCAGUAAUUCACAAUCUGAUAUGAUGUAUGUGUUAGGUAUUUUGUAUACCUUCCCCACAAAGUGGCUUAAUAUUUAUGUCAGCAUAAAAUUAAUUUAAGGAAAGCGCUUUAUGAAUAACAUGACCUACCUUAGGAAAGUAAGGUUUCUGCAUGCAUUUGUUAGAUUAAUUUUGUUAUUGCUACAUUACCUACUUCUUAAUUUAAUGUUAUUGUCAUUGACCUAUCAAGUCUACAAAUUUAAACAUAUCAGUCUAGUAUAUAUUGUCUUUUCCUUUUUUUGUAAUGCAUGAACUCAGAGUAUAUCCAUUAUAGCAUGUAGAACUAAUUACUUAUGCAUCUUUCAUCAUUUUAAUGUGAGAACAUCCACCGUGUUAUAUAGUAACUGUGCACACCCAGCAAAGUAUCAUCUUGAAAUAAAACAACAUAUUCUAUAUACCAAGUAAUGCUCUUGUAAUAAAAUGUGCAUGAUAUAAAUGAACAUUGUGUAUAGUAAAUAUUUUAAGAUAAAGUAAAUAUUGUGCAGUGGCAUCCAUUUAUUUUCAAUAUUUUCAAAAGCCAACAAUUUUUUUUAGAUUUUUUAGUUGAAUGAAACUAAAAUCAAAGUUGGAAAUAUAAGGGAAUGGUAUGUAAGAUGCCAGAAAUACUAAUAUAAGAUGCCCAAGUGUCACAUAAGUGAUUGGUGAGCAUUUCUGUGAAAUUGAUCAUUAUUUUUCAAUACUUGGAUAUUUGAUUUUCUCCACCAAAGAAACCAGUCCCUGAGUAUAGACAAGGAUUCGGUUUAAUGUUUACAAUAAAACCUUUUUUGCAGCCAUUAAAUUGUUGACUAUCUGAAUGUCACAUUGAUUAUGAAUCUCGUGAAGAGUAGUGUUGCAAAGAUAUGCAUUUUCUGUUUACACAAGUAUUGCAUUUGAUAAGCUAUUACUAUAUUUAAUUCUUUUUACCUAUUUUUCAUCUGGUUCCUAUAUGUUACCACUCAGUAUGUAGAUUUGACGGUAGAGCUAACUUUAGUAAGAAAAUUUAUAGAAUUAAAAAUGUCCUACUGAAUUCCUAAAGUCUGUGGGACCAUGAAGUAAUCAGCUGUUUGGUAUUUUUGUACGGUUUUAUAAAAACUUUAAUAAUACUUUAAUUAUUUUCAUGCUGUAGUUCAAAGAUUUUAUAGAUUUUAGGGUUAUGAAAGGUACACACUUGAUUUUACUCUUAUAUAUUGGUUGUGAUAAUGUUAGUUUCUCAUGAGUAUUAUAUGUUAGUAUGUGGUUUAUUAUGUCUUGUUAAUUGAAAGGUUUGUUGUGUACUGUGUUGAUUUUGUUUUAAAGGAAUAUUUAUCUCUUAUACUUUUAGCAUUCUGCAUUUUUAUUUAUAUAGGUCCUUUUAGUUCCUGUUUUGUACUUAAAAUGUUACUUGAGUUGUGGUGGUGGUUGGAGUAAGUUUAUGUAUUAGCACUGGUUUUAAAAAUCCAUAAAUUUUCACAAAAGUA